AUGCCCCUAGACGCUGAUCUUGGGAGAGAUAAAUUAUGGAUAUGUAUGGAAUAUUGCGGGGGAGGGUCCCUACAAGACAUAUAUCAUGUGACGGGGCCUCUCACAGAAUCACAAAUAGCCUACGUGUCUCGAGAAACUCUUCAGGGUCUCUACUAUCUACACAACAAAGGGAAAAUGCACAGAGACAUAAAGGGAGCAAACAUACUGUUGACAGACAACGGGUACGUCAAACUAGCUGACUUUGGCGUCUCGGCCCAAAUCACGAUGACCAUUGCCAAGAGAAAAUCCUUCAUCGGCACAAACCUUUGGAUGGCACCCGAGGUGGCAGCCGUGGAGAGGAAGGGCGGGUACAACCACCUGUGCGACAUCUGGGCAGUGGGCAUCACUGCCAUCGAGYUGGCAGAGCUGCAGCCGCCCAUGUUCGACCUUCACCCGAUGAGAGCCCUGUUUUUAAUGACCAAAAGUAACUUCCAGCCACCCAAGUUGAAAGACAAGGUGAAGUGGACCAGUAAUUUUCAUCAUUUUGUAAAGAUAUCGUUGACGAAAAAUCCAAAGAAAAGGCCCUCUUCAGACAAGCUGCUGCAGCAUCCCUUUGUCUCGCAACCCCUGAGUCGAACGCUGGCCAUCGAGCUCUUGGACAAGGCCAGCAACCCGGACCACUCCUCCUACGAYGACCACUUAGAUGACGAGCCCGAGGAGCCUGAGGAGCCCCCUGUACCUGUGCCGCAUCGGAUUCGCUCCGGGAACACACGAGAAGGGAAGACCCUCUCUGAGAUCAACUUUGAUCAAGUCAAGUUUGAUCCCCCGCUUAGGAAGGAGACUGAACCUCAUCACGAACCAGCACCCGACUCUGACGAUUUUUUGGACUGUGUGGAAGAACAAUACUACACGGCAAGAUCUAACAUGGACUUGCAGAUGGAUUACGAAGAGGGAUCCCCCAAAAGCUCCUUCUUGGGAGGGCAUAAGAGUCUUCUGAAAUCGGUGGAGGAGGAGCUAAUCCAGAGGGGACACGAGACUCAUUUAGAUGAUGAUGAUGGUGGUGACCAUGAUGAUGAAAUGCAACAUGCCAAGGGCUCCACAUUGCGGCCCAAAGAGCCUCCACCACCGCCUCCCAACGUCAAGCCCAUCUCCAUUCCACAGGAUAGUGCCAACUCCCACGCUCACCAUGGCUCCCCUGCUCACCAUGGCUCCCCCGGUCUCUACGGCUCCCCCGGUGACCAUGACGACAUUGGGGGGACCAUAAAGCGGUGUCCGGCCGCCGAGAGCCCCGCCCGCUCUGCCACCCAUGUUCCACCCAGGCCGCCGCCCCCCAGACACCCCCCACACAGGCAGCUUAGCUUAGGCAAUGGGUUCAGCUCGUCAGAAGUGAGCGGGGAUGCUGGUGGUGCCGAGAAGCAGUCUACUAUGCCACCUAGCGUCACCACGAGGAAGGACAGGAAAGAGAUUCCGAAACCAAUCAGUAAUGGCCUUCCCCCUACGCCAAAAGUCCACAUGGGAGCCUGUUUCUCCAAAGUCUUCAAUGGCUGCCCUCUAAAGAUCCACUGUGCGGCGUCUUGGAUCAACCCCGACACGAGAGACCAAUACCUGCUAUUCGGCGCCGAAGAGGGCAUUUACACUCUAAAUCUCAACGAACUACACGACUCCUCCAUGGAACAGCUCUUUCCCCGGAGGUGUACAUGGCUUUAUGUCAUGAGUAAUAGUCUGCUCUCCAUAUCUGGAAAAGCUUCGCAGCUAUACUGUCACAAUCUGGCGGGUCUGUACGAGCAUGCUCGACAGAUGCAGAAGCUGCCAAUGGCCAUCCCCACCCACCGGCUCCCAGACAAAAUCAUUCCAAGGAAAUUUUCCAUCUCCAAUAAGAUUCCCGACACCAAGGGAUGUCAGAAGUGUUGUGUGGUGAGAAACCCUUACACAGGCCACAAGUACUUGUGUGGGGCCUUCCAAUCCAGUGUGGUCAUGUUGGAAUGGGUGGAGCCCAUGCAGAAGUUCAUGCUUAUCAAGAACAUUGACUUUCCCCUGCCCUGCCCGAUGGAGGUGUUUGAGAUGCUUGUGGUGCCCGAGCACCAGUACCCCCUCAUCUGUAUGGGCGUCAGCAAGGGCACGGAGCUCAACCAGGUGGUACGCUUUGAGACGCUGGAUCCCAACACCGCUUGCCCCUGGCUCAAAGAGUCCGACACUCCACAGACCUGUGUUAUCCAUGUGACUCAACUGGAAAGAGACACCAUUCUUGUCUGCCUGGAUCGGUCCAUUAAGAUUGUGAAUCUGCAGGGGAGGCUGAAGUCCAGUAAGAAGCUUUCAGCUGAGCUGACGUUUAAUUUCCAAUUGAGUCGAUAGUCUGCCUUCAAGACAGUGUUCUGGCUUUCUGGAGACAUGGCAUGCAAGGACGGAGUUUCAAAUCUAAUGAGAUUACACAGGAGAUUUCCGACAACACCAGGAUAUUCCGACUCCUAGGAUCAGACAGGGUUGUGGUGCUGGAGAGCAGACCUACAGACAACCCUACAGCACACAGCAACCUAUACAUCCUGGCUGGACACGAGAACAGUUACUAACCACCCUGCACUCUGGGAACCAGGGUAUGGUUCAGUAGGCAUAACACUUUCUGAAACGGAGUGAUACAGGGAUGUACAGUCUGAACCUGUCCAAUAAGAAACCUUAGUUUCAUUGUCAGUUGCAAAACAUUUUUCCAUUGUAUGCCUUAAUGAACAUGGCCCAGGAUUGGUUUCAGUUACAUUUUAAGAGGUUAUAAAUCUGAAUGAAAUUCAUUCAUUGAAAAUUGCAAUUAGGUUUAUUUUUCUAUUCAUAAAUUGGAAUUCAUGUCCUGAAAUUAAACUAUGGAACUGACCCCAUCCCUGAUGGGAACAGACUAUGAUGAGGAGGACAUGUCUAACUCUGCAUCUGAGACCAAGGAGUUGCAAUCGGACCAUUCAUCGAGCAAGCGACCUUGGAUGUGUCCGGUUUUUAAUUGAACCUUAUGAUUUGAAUUGAAAGUCGACAUUUAUAGUAACACAAACCCACAUUCCUGGAUAUCACACUAUUUCAGUAUUGACCAACUUCUGAGAGCAUGCAUCCUUACCUAACAAGUGCUUGACCGAUGUGUUUGUAAUUAAUGUAAAUAGAAUAUUGAGGUUGUACACUAUAAGUAUGUCAUGUAGAUAACCAUGCUGCAUAUAUUUUGUACAGUUGCCCCCCAACUUCAGAGAUAUAAAGAGUUGUUGCCUAAUCAAUGUGGGGUACUACUUUUAAGGGCUUGUCAACUAAUGUAAUUUUACAAAACAGUGGUAGGAUGUCAAAGAGCAAAGUGUCUGUUCAUUUUGAUCAUGCGUUGCCUUUUUUUAAUAUGUUAGACUCAUUUUGAUAUGAAGCCAUAUGCAAUGUCAUUUUAUUUUCCCACACUUUAAUUCAAACCCCAUAGAAAGUUGUCAAUACUCAGAUAUGCACUGGUUGUGAAAUUUGCACAUAGGUGUACGCAGUAAAACACUUUAUUCUUACAUUUAAGGUAUGGUUAAGUUGUGCUUAUAACAAAGUAUCUGCACGAGUGCAUUAGAAUACAUCAUACUACACACUUUAGAUGUAAACUCAGACAAAUUUAACCAGGCAAUAUAAGGUUUAUUUUUUACAUACAUGCCAAGCUAUUGUUAAAACUGCAUUCAAACUGAAGAGACUCUGGGCAGUUGUACCAUCUUAGAAUCCUUUUCCUUAUGGUGGCCAAUGAGUUGAAWGUUGAAUGUUUGCUAAAUUGCAUUGUUCAUAGUAUGGGGCCAAAUUGAACACGUAACACUAAAUGUCCCUUGCUGACUCCAUGUAGCUUAUACAACUAAAGGAGGGUAUGAUGAAGUACAAGGAUUUUCUGACUUGGUUUCUUUCCAUAUUGCUUUUGUGUCAUGUAAAUACAGUAAAAAUAAAAUUGCUUCAUUGUGCCUGUACAACUGCUAAUAUUCGAACAUGUUACAUAUUAAACAUUUUAACUCACGAUGGGCUAAAUUGAUUGACUGAUGAGCCAUAGGAAGCCUGUUUUUUUUUUCUCCAAAAUUUUAGACGGUGUGAUGAAGUAUAAGGAUCUUCUCACUUGGUUUCUUUCCAUAUUGCUUUUGUUUCAUGUAAAUACUGUAAAAUAAAAUUGCUUAAUUUCGCCUGUACAACUGCUAUAUUUGGACAUGUUACAUAUUAAACAUUUUAACUCGU